AGUCGGUGCAGUCCUGGUUUGGAAGAACAGGAGUCAAGCAUGACUUGAAGUCUGCCAGGUCCUCCUUCACUUGCAGUGGUAAAGUGAGCAAGGGGCCAAAGGGGAACUGACCGACCGAAUGAGGGGACACACCUGCUGCUCUGUGGGAUCAAGAGCUCAGCUGGCCCUGUGUAAGCUUGAAAUUGUCAGAGGGGUUAAUCAGCUAAAAAGAGUCCAGCUUCUAUUACCAGCCCCCAGUACAAGCUGGGGCCUACACCAAGCUGGUGGUGUCUGGUCGGGGCCAGUCACUCCUUGUCUGAUCUUGCUGAUCCUCUGGGUUCAUUCUGUCAGACUUAGGGGGCCUCUCCUGGGGAUAGACAGAGACAAGAUGUUCUGUCCCUUACUAACUGAUUUAUGCAUGCCAGCCUUUGUCCCCAAGGUCCCUCCUCUGCCAGCCCCCAGUAUAGCACAUCUGCCUUGUGGUCUCAACCUUCCCCAUUUCCCACCUGAGACCCAGCAGGUUCCAGUCAGCUGUUCCUGCCUCUGCAAGCUCUGCACUGCCGUAUGCUUGGACUUUGUGCACAGUCGCAUGGAGGGCAGGGUGAAAAGGAUGCUGGGAAUAGUAUGGGCUGUAGAGCUGGCAGCUCCCUCCUAAGGGAGACACAUAGGUGUAACACGAUCAGAUAGGAGCAUGGGCCAAGGACUAAGAAUAGAAUUGAGCUCAAGCUCGUGGCUCAGGUGGGAACACAGGAAUGCCAGCCAUGAAGUUAUCAGCCAGAGCUAGAGAAGGGAGCUACGCUGGAGGAGUGGAGCCCAGGGUUACCAAAGAAGGGCAAAGUCCAGAUGGGAUCAUAGCAGUUGAUAGGAGGCAACAUGUGUAGAAAAGGGCAAGGAUCAGGCCCCAGUGUGCUUGGGACCAGAGCCAGAGAGUAAGCUCUGGGCUUGGAGGAAGCCCCACUGGGCCUCAUGGCCUUCCUGGUGUCUGGGACCCUGCAGGCGGCUGCACAGCUGGCAGAUACUUGGGACAGCUUGGGAAGACAGGGAAAAUACAGGGUGCGGGGUUCAAGGGUAGCCUUGAUACUCAGCAGUCCCGGGGUGUCUGCGGCUGCAGCUGCUGCCCUGGAUGGUGUGUUCCAGGCUCUGGGCUUUGAAAACUGUGAGAAGAGGAAGGUCUCGGUCCAGAGCUUCCACGAGGAGCUGAGUUUGUUCCGGGAGCAGCUGGAUAUCCAGAGGGGUGCUGUGGGGUGUGUCCUUGUGGUCUUGAUGGCCCCCAGUGGGCAGCUGAGGCGGCCACAGCUGCUGGUUCAGGAGCUGAGUCGCUGUGGGGCCCUGCAGGGUUGCCCCAAAAUCUUCCUGUUGCUCUCUAGUGACCUCAAGGCUGCCUGGGAACCUGAAGCUUUCCUCACGGGUCUGGGGGAAAUCUGCAGCCAACAUCCUCACUGGUCACUGCUGCAGCUGCUGACAGAGCUCUUUUGCAGAGUAGCUGAAGAGUGUGCUGGGGAUACCUACUGCCCAUUCUUUAGGACCUCCUUGCGGGGGACCCUGUGUUUGGGAGAUGUGGAGCCCAGGAGGCCAGAGUCAGACUCCAGACCAAGCGCACAGUAUGACCUGUCUGGGACCAGGGCCGCCCUCCUACUGGCUGUGAUUCAAGACCGGCUUGGGGCAGAGCAUGAUGUGGCAGCACUGGUGGACCUGUGCCAGGCCUUAGGCUUCAAGGUCAUCUUGAGGACAGACCCUACAGCUCAGGCAUUCCGGGAGGAGCUGGUUCAGUUCCGGGAAAAGCUGGACGCGCACAAGGGCCCUGUGAGCUGUGCCUUGCUGGCCCUGAUGGCCCACGGGGGGCCACAAGGGCAGUUGCUGGGGGUUGAUGGGCAAGAAGUACAGUCCGAGAUGUUGGUCCAGGAGCUGAACUGCUGCCAGGCACUGCGUGGCCGCCCCAAGGUCUUCCUGCUUCAGGCCUGCCGUGGGGGGAACAGGGACCCUGGUGUGGGGCCAAGAGCUCUCCCAUGGUACAGGCGCUGGCUGCGAGCGCCCCCAGGCAUCCCCACCCAGGCAGAUGUUCUCCAGGUUCAUGUUGAUGCCCCAGGGAGCACUGGCCAAGCAGACAUCCUUAUUUUCUACUCAGCUGCUGAGGGCUGUGUGGCCUAUCGGGACGAAGAAAAGGGCUCAGACUUUGUCCAGACGCUGGUGGAGGUCAUGAGAGCCAACCCAGGAGGAGAUUUCAUUGAGCUGCUGACUGAGGUCAACAGGAGGGUGUGUGAACUGGACGUGCUGGGACCGGACAGUGUUGAGAGGCGCAAGGCGUGCUUGGAGAUCCGCAGCUCGCUCAGGCGCCGGCUUUGUUUACAGAAUUGACAGUCCGGCUACUUCCGCUCCAUCCUCCUUCCGCACUCACGUCAGCACAACGUCAGCGUUGCAGCACCUUGGGUGUGGGAGCUCAGAAGCGUGCAAUAAAUACCUGUUCACGGUCGUUGUGCUCCGGGAAAUGCACACUUUCUCUGAAAUAAGUGAGAUAAAGUAUCUGGCACUAGAUAGAGGAACAGCUGUGCUCCUGGGGACCAGAGGUUGGAUUGGGGUUUGUGCCUCGCGUCCGGGACUAUAGAACCUAAUAGGGCUGGUCGGAUAUGCUGGAGCGGCCUAAGGAGAAGAGUCCUGGGAAGGACCAGCUCAGGGAUCGCAAUUCUUCCCUGUUGAGUCCGCGGUGCGUGCGUUCCUCAGUCUCCACCUGACUCGGGGCACCGAGGUGCCGGAGAGGCGAGCUAAAUCGGGUCGCAGACUGUUAGAGACCAUUGCGGAUACACCAGAGACAUGAUGGCGCAAGCGCAUGGGCUGUCCCUGAUCCUGAGUUGAGGGCCAUCAAGUGGAGGAGAUCAGAAAGAUGAGCCUCUCAGAUCCGGGGGGACUUAUGCUGGCGGACUGCCCAGGAAGGUUCAUACCGAUUCAAACUUGAGGCUCCCAAGCAGCUCUCACUAAAUAGUUUAGCCGAAGGGGCGGGACCUUUUUCCAGUUAAGUAAGCAUGCGCAGUAGGCUCUUGAGAAUGCCUUAUACAGAGAGCUAAGAUACCGGCAGUUGUAGGGCCGCGUGGCCUAAUGGAUAAGGCGUCUGAUUCCGGAUCAGAAGAUUGGGGGUUCGAGUCCCUUCGUGGUCGCUGCAAGAAUACGAUUUUUACAAACCCUAAUUUAAAGAAUUUCCCAUUCUCGGAUUUGCUUUCUUUUCACCCCACGGCUCGGAGGACUCCCGAUUUCCAGCGUGCUUGUAAUCAGCAGGUGAAGCUGGUUUAAACCAGACUAUGAGCAGUACGAAUUAGCGCCGGGGAAAGGAAAACAAAAAACGCCAGAUUGGGCUGCUUGCCGCAGAGUGGGAGCCGUCCAAGAGGAAGCCAAAGACACUUGUAUUAAAAAAUUCAGUAGGCAGCUACGAUGAGAAACCCUGUCUCUAAAAACCAAACAACUAGACUAGAUUAUCCGGUCGAUUGCACAAUGUGGUGGAUGCAGAUGACGUCACUGAACAGGACGUCAAUUAAAGCGGUAAAUUUGGUUUAUGUAUAUGUCCACAGCUCUCAAAUUCGCGAAACAAUCAAAUGGAUUAGGUUUCUUACGAUGUGAAGGUGUCCUGUCCAGGAAAUCCCACCCUGCAUUUGGGAGGUGGAGGCAGGAGACUUAAAGGCCAGUCUUGUUUCAACAGCAACAACAAGAAGCCGUCUCCUUACAGGUCCAGUGUAAGGACCUGUAAAAAUAUAAAUUUUUAAAUAGCAAGAAUAUGUCCAGGAUUGAGUUGACAUUUCUCCUGGGGUGUGUGUGUAGGGGUGUCUCCAUUCAAGGGAUUCGGUGGAAUCAGAAACGUCUUUCAUCCCCGCAACUCCCACGAGAGCCACGUAAGGCGAGGGCCGGAUCCAGCUCACGUGGCACAGAGCUGUGCGGAGUCAUUUGCUCUUUAAUGUUAUAGUGGUUUAAUAAGGCUUGUAAAUAUAAGUUAGAUUAGUAGUUACCCCCCCC